AGCAUCGGUGGUGUUAGCCGAAGAGGCCAGCUAGUUGUCGCGUGUAGAUCGAUGUCGUUAUUAAAAGGAGAAUAUUAUACUGAAAGGCGAAAUGAUGACAUUAAAGAAUUGUUGUUCACAAACAGCAUGAAAGGCCGGUGGGAGGAGGUUAUUAAGGCCUAUGAGCAGAACCCUUACGCUUGUGUGGCAAAGAUCACAAGAUCGGGAGACACUGCUUUGCACAGAGCUGUGUCCGAUUCCCAAACUGAUGUUGCAUUGCAACUGCUCCAAUAUUGUUUUCAACACCAAGCUGAUGUUUUCGCAUAUAUGCGAAACGAUGAAGGAAAUACGCCUCUCCAUUUAGCAGCUGCUCUUGGAAACUUGAAAAUAUGCCAAGCAAUUGCCCCCACACAGCCCGACGUUCUCGGGGUUCGUAACAGGUUCGGUGAGACCCCAGUUUUCUUGGCAGCCCUUCAUGGCAAAGACGAUGUUUUCAGUUAUCUUCAGGUAGACGAGCGCGAAGAAUAUUAUAGAAGAAGUAACGGGGAUAACGUUCUUCAUGUGGCUAUCUUCUUUGAAUUCUUUGGUAUGGCAUAUAAGAUCAUCCAGCAGUGGCCGGCUUUUGUUGACAGUGUGAACGAGCGUGGCGUGACUCCGCUUCACGUUCUAGCCAGUAAGCCCGAUGCAUUCAGAAGCAGCAGUCGGCUGGGACGUUUUCACCGCAUCGCCUACUCUUUGUUAGUUGCGGAUGAUGAGGACAAGGAAGCAAAAAAUACAGCCAAGUUGGUUGUGCAUGUCGAUCGUCACAACCAAACACAAGAUGCAAGGGAGGAUGACCAUUUAGAGAUCGAAACAGAGAGGGGAUGGUCUACUUGGAAUCUAUUCCCACCGAAUUAUGCUUGGUUUGUUUCAUUCUUCAAGUUAAUGAUGAAGGCUCUGAUUGUUAUCUUCCUCGGAUUCGGAUUUGAUUGGAGGAUAAAAAAAUUGGAGAGAAAGAGAGAGUUACACAGAUGGGCUAAACGUGUUAUGGAUGAAAUGGUAAACCGAAGUACUUUAUACAAGUAUAUGAUUCGCGGUGGAGAGAAUCCUGGUCUCGAAGAAGACAUAUAUUUAUAUAAUCUCCCUUCUGAAGAACAAAUGGGUAUAGAAAGAGUACCACCAGUUAUGGAUACACCAAUAUUGAUUGCGGCAAGGAAGGGAGUGUGUGAGAUGGUAGAGAAAAUCCUAGAUGAAUUUCCAAUGGCAAUCGAAGACUCCGACCAAGAUGGAAAGAAUGUGGUGUUGUUGGCCAUUGAGAAUCGACAUCCCCAACUUUAUAUAUUUUUGUUGAACAAGUACGCUAAAAACACAGCCAUUUUGCAUAAACUUGAUAAAAAGGGGAACAGCGCACUUCACAUGGCCGCUAAGUGUCAGGACAAUUGGUCUUGGCUUAUUCCUCGUAGUUUGGUUCAAAUGCAUCAAGAAUUAAAAUGGUACAAGUUCGUCAAAAGCACGAUGCCACAGGAUUUCCUUUUACGCGUAAACUUUGAGAGAGAGACCCCUAAGGAGGCUUUCAUCAAGUCGCAUGAAAAACUCAUCAAAGACGUGAACGAAUGGCUCAACAGGGUGUCCGAGUCGUGCUCCGUUGUGGCGGCGCUUGUGGCGUCUGUGGCUUUCGCGACGGCAUCGACUAUACCUGGUGGCACUAUGUCUGAUAAAGGAGUGCCAACUCUCUGGGGAAGACCAGCGUUCGAUGUGUUUGGCCUCGCAUCGAUUGUGGCUUUCUGCUCCUCGGUGACCUCGCUGGUAUUUUUCCUAUCCAUGCUCGCCUCUCGGUACCAAUACGCUAAGGACUUCCCUUUGAAACUUUUUUUAGGUUUCUCGACACUCUUCAUAUCCAUAGCUUCCUUGGUCACUUCUUUUCUUUCCGGAAUAGUUUUCGUCAUUGACGAGAGUCAUAGGCAUGUGGCGUAUGCUCUGUACGGGGCAUUGUGCCUUCCGAUGGUUUAUCUUGCUCUGAAACAGUUGUCCCUCUAUCUUGAUCUCCUUGGCUCCCUCAUUCUAAGACUUCCAAAGUAUGGUCAGCAGUAACUAAUGCGCUUUAUUUGGAAAUGGAGAGUGGGAUUUGAAUAAAGCUCAAAAAGCUAUUGACAAACUUCGAUAAAUAGCAAGGUCUCACAUUUGUUUGAAGCUUUGCAUGCUUGGAAGCAUCGAUUGUUUUCUUCAAUAAUAAUAAUAAUAAUAAUAAAGAAGUUUGGAUAAUGAUGGUGUGGAUAUAUUAUGUGCCAAAACCAGUUUGUUUUGUACUGUAAUGAGGUUUAUUACACAUUUUCAUUUUAUAA